CCUAUAACUAUCUCCGUACAAGAAUAAUCAUAAACCCAGACAACGCAACGACGAUUUCUACGGAGAUGGUGGGCCAAUCAGUAAAGCGAGUAGAUCGUUGUUUCCGUCGUCAUAGUCCUCAACCAACCCGUCACGCCGGAGAUUGAAUUGAAAAUUGAAAUCGAAACGGACCUGAAGGCCAUCAGCAUUGACGGGGUUGUGUACCCAGUCAACGUCGGGGUUUCACGGGACAAAACCCCCCAAAGUCGUGGCUCAGAGAUACCCGUCUUAAUUUUGACUGGAGGUGUGUCGGCGGCUUUUGUCCUGGCCGUUCUUAUUGUCGUUGUUGUCAUCAUCUGUUGGAGAAAGGCCAAGAUUGACCGAAACAUUCCAGUCGAGGAUUCAGCGGACUCGCCGGCCGUGUCGGAAAACUAUGACGCUCACAGGCCAGAUGGCUGCCACGAGAAUUCUUCAAACCCGUACUAUGAGAUAGUUGAGCCUCGGGUCGGCUACGAGCUUCUGGACAUACGCACUACCGACAGAGCGUCAGGGAGACUCUACUGGGCAAUUAAUGACGAGCGGCCCGUGAGUGAUACAUACGUCCCUCUAGAGGACGUCCGAGACGACAUUGACACAAGAA